AUGGGCGCAAAGGUUCCACGCAACUUCCGCCUCCUUGAGGAGCUUGAGAAGGGCGAGAAGGGUCUCGGAGCAGAGGCCUGCUCCUACGGUCUGAACGAUGCCGAGGACCUCUUGAUGUCCGACUGGAACGGAACCAUUCUCGGACCCCCUCACAGCGUCCACGAGAACAGAAUCUACUCCCUCAAGAUGCACUGUGGUCCCAACUACCCUGACGAGCCUCCCACGAUACAAUUUGUGAGCCAGGUCAACCUGCCCUGCGUCAACUCCCGCAAUGGCGUCGUCGACCCCAGACAGCUCCCUUGCCUGGCCAACUGGAAGAGAGACAACACCAUGGAGACCAUUCUCAUUGAGCUUAGAAGGUACAUGGCGGCUCCUGCGAACAAGAAGAUCCCCCAGCCUCCCGAAGGUUCUACAUACUAG